AUGGCUAACAGCAACGCAGUGUCGUCGACUUUAUCGUCGAGGGAUUAUCACUGUAAGAUUUGUGAUCUCUAUUUGGACACUGUCGAGUCAUUAGAGGUACAUUUACAAUAUCACAAAGAGAAUUUAUAUGUGAAGUGGGGUACGCAGAAUGUACAGAAUGAUACUGAUAACAAUAACGGAGUCAAAGUGAAGAUCGAAACAACUGUGUCGGCACCAGCCGACUCAAGCGACAAUAUGAUCACCAAGCCUAGCCCAGAGUUCCAGCAGCGGGCUACGCCAGAGACCUCAGCCCAGUUUCCUCAUCCAGCGACCCCGCAGAGUUACCACAGUGCUCCUUCACCAUAUCAGAAUCCAGAUCAGACCAACUUCUCACCUGGAGCACAAUUCGGUAACAAUUAUUCUCAUACUGGCUUCCCUCAAAAUCAACAUUCCGAACAGAUCAACUGGGAUCAGUCCCAAUACAACCAAGAGUAUCACAAACCGAACCGGUUCCAUCCGUACAACAUGCAGGAACGAGUGUCGCAAGUAUCAUCUUCCAGUCCACUUUACGGUCAGCCCCUUAAUCAGCCAACGCCAUCGCCAUCACCGAACCAGUGCGACAAAUGUGGCUUUGUUUGUGACUCCGCCGUCCAACUCAAUGAGCAUUGCAACUCAGCUCAUGCAGGUGUUAGUGCUCCCCCUACUGCAGCAUCUAUGCCAUUUCAACAAUACCCAGGCAAGCAAUAUAACAACUCGGGUUACCAGAACGAAAGUGCAAAGGUAAAGGAGGAACAUGAAGAAUCUUCUGAUAUUUUAGAUUUAGAUUCUCAAAAAGUUGUUUAUCAAGGUAAUGAGGGUGAACAGCCGACUGGAACUUUCGAAGAUGCACCACCUCAAGGCCGUGAAGUUAAUACACGUACUGUCCCUAUGAUGCCUUGGGAGACGCAAAAGUUGUACAGUAAUCCUCAACUCAAUGGAGACGUAUCUCUUUUCAAAGAACAAAAAAUGUUCGCCGAACAAAAGCCAUACCAGUCGGAGACAAAAAUGUUUCACCCCGAGCAAAAGUUUGCUUACACUCAGGAUAAAUUUCUAGGCGUACAUCACGAUCAAAAACCUUUCAUGCACGUGGAACAAAAGAUAUACCCGGGAGUACAAAUGCCACCUUUAACAGAUUACACAGGCCCAGUAGCCUCAUCAAAUCCAGAUAUGAAACCACCUUAUCGGCCCUACGAUUCACCAGCAGCGCCACAAAUCACCAGCACACAACCUGCGAAUCCCACAUCUUCAACGCUUCCCACCAUUGGAGGCAAAGGCGCAAACUGGAAAUCGAAUGAAGCGCGUCGACCUAAGACAUAUAAUUGCACCGCUUGCAAUAAAUGGUUCACUAGCUCCGGACAUCUAAAAAGGCAUUACAACACGACUUUGCAUAAGAAUGCGGUGAGAUCAUCGGGUCAGCCUGAUCCAGCGACUUUGCCCAUAUCAAACCAUCAUCACCCGAGCCGCGAGAUGUCGCGUGCGCAACAGCAGUCCGCCGACUCCAACACGCAGAGCCCUGUCCCUUCUGAGGACGGCCGAAGCGUGGACGACGCAGCCCUGCAGUCGCCUUACGCCUCGCAGAACUUUGACCGGUCGCAUCGGGUUGCCGCCAUGCAGUCCAAGUCACCGUACUCGCAUCUUCAACAGGGUAACUUAGAUAAUAAUUUCAGUAAUAAUCCUCUAGUAAAUCACCCUUUACAGCAUCAGGUCGGUUCGCAUCCUCUUAAUAUAGGUAGUCAACCGCCGGGUAUAGGGAACCCAAAUGAUAGUAAUCAUCAGUCAUCAAAAGGUGUAGCAAUAUCAUCAGCAGGGAAUCCCCCAAACGGGGAAGCAGGUCCCUCUGUUUCGCAAAAUCACCAUAUGAGGGGCCUGCUAUCAGUGUCAACCAGCAAUAUUUCAACUCCGGUGCUAACUCAGAGUACACCGGCACUUACACCGCACACGCUGACUCCGUUCAGUCAUUUGGGUGUCAACCCGUACAGCCCGAGGUCUACGGAUCCUUUGGGGCCUUCGGUUCCGGACCCCACGCACACCCCUUUAUAUUUGGGUCAGAAUUUUCAACAGACUAUAGCACCGAGUUACCCAAACGGGAUGGCCCCCCACGUUAUGGAUAUGGCUAUCAACAAUCUGCCUACAGCCAAUCCGGCUACUUUUGGUGAAUCAGCACCAGAAACAGUCGUUGUUAUGGAACAAGAAACGUCAAGUGAGCCGGCUGGCGGCCGCCUGCCGAGCUUCUCGCAGCUCCAGACGCAGAGCCUCAGCAUUUACGUUUCUAACUAUAUCACACAGCCUAACGUGGGGGGUCAAGUUGUUACUGACGAGUCGACUGCUGGUUACAUUAUCGUCGACCCGGUUCACUCUAAUUUAUCAUAUGGCAAUCCUGAAAUUACAGGACAAGCUAUAGAAUACGAUUCUUCAAUGAUUGAAUACGAUCCGGAACACUCGAAAGUUUAUCCAUACGGUUACGCCGUCGAAGGCAAAACUAUAAAACGCGAAGUAGACUUGUUACAAACAGAUUCAGGCGAACUUCAGAUACUGAAGAUCGAAGACAUAAUGGAUUACGCGAAUAAAGAAAAUUAUGGCGCUCAGCUGAAGUCCCCGGCUAGCCCGGAGAGUGCCAAAGCUGAGAAUGAGAAUCGCGGGUCGCCCGCAGUGUCGUCAACCGUUGAGUACUCGAGUAGUGUUAGCGGCGCAAGCGCGGCGCGUGCGUCGCCCGCGACACUCGGCGCGUCGCGGCCGCCACGAGCCGCGUGCCUCUGCCGCUAG